AUGCGAGGACGCGCCCCGCCGUCGCCCGCUCCGGACGCGCCUCGCACCGACCAGUCGGCGAGACCGCGAAGGCCGGCCGGCUUCCCUGCUUGCCUGGUUACCUCCAAAGCGGGCACGCUGCUCAAGUUCGUCAAAACGCGGCGCGGCAGCGAUAAAAUGAAAGACCCACAGUCCUGCCAUUCGGGGAGGUUCCACCCGCCGCUGCAGACAACGCAAGCCGUGCUCCGCCAAGAAUGCGCCGAGGGCACCGUGUUUGGGGUGCUCACUACGCCGAAAUGCCAGAGGAAGGCCACCUUCCACGGCAGGACCACGGUCACCUACCAGGAGGACCUUUCCGAGUCUGGCGUCAAGAACAAGUGCGGCUCGCCGCUGGGGCAUAGCGUCUCGACGUACAGCGUUGAGGAGUUUCGAAGACCCCGGCUUUCAGCCGUCGACUACCGGACCCGCAGCUUCCUUGACCACAGCCACAGUUGCUGCUUCCGUGACAGGGCCGUCCCCUGCUGCGACAGAACGCCGCUGUGGAGGUUCAGCGAUCGGCAGCCCCGACUGCCGGAAAACUGCCGCUCGCGGGAGGCCAUCACGCACUGCAUCAACCCCAACGUCCGCGUGUCGAGGCAGGUCCUCAGCGACAACUUCCAGGACUUCUGCCAGACAAUGCUGGCAUCCGAGCGGCAGGCACCCGAGCCGCCCAAGAUCAACACCAGUACACAGACGGCAGCCAAGCCCCCGCUGCCCCAGCAGCAAGUUGGCAACCCUCAGGUGUCCUUCCGUCUGGCGACCACGGACUCGCCGAGACGAACGUCACUCUCCAGCCUGAGCAGGACCUCGAUCGUGCAGGAGAUGCUGAAGAAGAUGUCUAGUCAAACCAGCGUGCAGCCCCCAGCUGCGCCCGCCCAGGGACGCCCCUCCGAGAAGGACGAUGAGGAGGAGGCGUUGCACCUGGACGCCAUGCGAGUCAUUCGUCAGCUGGACAUGUCCAUCGGCGACGAGGAAGAGGUCUUCGUGGACGGACCGCCGCCCCCCGUCUUUCCCAAACGGAUGCCUGCCCCCGUGGUCACGAGCGUCAGCAGCGCGCCGGUGCCUCAGAACGGGACCGUCCAGGCGACGGAUAGCGAGUCCCAACAGGACAACCUGAUCGAAGAAGUCUGCUUCCCUGGUUCCAACAAAAAGACCUACCAGGCCCUCACCGCGGGGGAGGGCCCCGGCACGCGCGCCGGUGUUCUCCAUCAGAAUGGCAACGGCGUCACGGAACGAUGUAAUUGCCUGAAUGGCAAGGACAAUGGGCUAGACGUGGAAGCGGAGAUACACGCAAACGGCAAGCCAGCACACCCGGGUAAGGCGCUGUCCGAGACUGGAGACAUCUGCGUCAUGCCAGUGGACGAAAGCCAGCUGGGCCGCAGUGAGACGGCCGACAGUGGCGUGGCCAGCCGCCCGGGUUCCGGGACCGGCUCGCACUUCGUCGUGGUGGCCAUCGACUUCGGGACCACGUACAGCGGAUACGCCUUCAGCUUCACCAGAGACCCGGACAACAUACACAUGAUGCGCAAGUGGGAAGGCGGCGACCCCGGCAUCGUGAACCAGAAGACUCCGACGACGCUGCUGUUGAAUCCGGACGGGGAGUUCCACUCGUUCGGCUUCACGGCCCGUGACGUCUACCACGACCUGGACACCCAGGAGGCCAAGCGGUGGAUGUUCUUCGAGAAGUUCAAGAUGACCCUCCACAGCAGCGAGAGCCUGAGCCGGGACACGGAGAUCGCGGCGGCCAACGGCAAGCCCAUGCCGGCGCUGACGGUGUUCGCGCACGCCCUACGCUACUUCCGGGACCAGGCGCUGAAGGAGCUGAGUGAGCAGUCGGCCACCACCAUCCUGCCGGACGACGUGCGCUGGGUGGUCACCGUGCCGGCCAUCUGGAGGCAGCCCGCCAAGCAGUUUAUGCGCGCUGCCGCCUACAAGGCUGGCAUUGGAUCGCCGGACUCUCCGGACCAGCUGAUCAUUGCCCUGGAACCGGAGGCGGCGUCCGUCUACUGCCGCAAACUGCGGAUGCACCAGCUGGUGCCUGAAGCACCGCCCAGAGUCUACCUCUUCAGAGACAUCAUCCCUGAGCUGAACACGGAGCCCGCUGUGGAAGAGAAGCCAGACAUGCAUUUCUUACCCUCGUUGCGCUCUGAAGUGAUUGAGGAUUACCUUUAUGGAGGCACCAAGUACAUGGUGGUGGACUGUGGAGGUGGCACGGUAGACAUCACCGUGCAUGAACUUCACGACCAGCAUGGCACCCUCAAGGAACUUCACAAGGCCACGGGUGGUCCCUAUGGAUCGGUUGGCAUAGACCUCGAAUUUGAGCGACUGCUGUACGCCAUCUUCGGGGCCGACUUUAUGGAGCAGUUCAAGCUUAAGAGGCCCGCUGCCUAUGUCGAUUUGAUGGUGGCGUUUGAAGCACGCAAGCGGAAUGCGACUCCCUACAAGGACACGCCACUCAACAUCUCGCUGCCCUUCUCCUUCAUCGACUACUACAAGAAGUGCAAAGGCACUAGUGUGGAGAGUGCAAUCAAGAAGCACGGCCAUCGCAACGUCAAAUGGUCAUCACAGGGCAUGCUGCGGCUAGAGCCCGCGGCCAUGCUCGACCUCUUCCGCCCCACCGUGGCCAGCAUCAAGCAGCACAUCUCGUCCGUACUUGGCAACCCACGCCUGGGUGCUAUCCACUACCUGUUCCUAGUGGGCGGCUUUGCCGAGUCGCAACUCCUGCAGAAGGAGCUGCGCGACGCCUUCUCGUCCCAAGUGCGCGUCAUCAUCCCGCAGGGCGUCAGCCUGGCCAUCUUGCGGGGCGCCGUUCUCUUCGGGCUCGACCCCAUGGUCGUCAAUGUGAGACGCUCGCGCAUGACAUACGGCGUCGGGGUGCUCAACCGCUUUGUGCACGGCGCCCAUCCUCCGUCCAAACUGGUGGUCAAGGACGGCAUCGAAUGGUGCGCCGACGUGCUCGACAAGUUUGUGCUCGCCGAUCAGUCGGUCGGUCAUGGCGACGCCGUGGUACGCAGCUACACACCGGCCAAGGCGGGCCAGACGUGCAGCAUCAUCCACGUGUACUGCAGCGAGCGCGACGAUGUGCAGUUCAUCACGGACCCUGGUGUGUUUAAGUGCGGAACCCUCAUCCUAGACUUGUCGGACACCCGCUAUUUGCCCAAUGUGCCGCUGCGGCGUGAAAUUCAGGCGCGUAUGGUCUUCGGCGAGACCGAGAUCAAAGUGAGCGCCCUGGACAUCGCCACACAGAAGUGUGUAAAGGCGGACAUUGAUUUCCUCAACCAAUGAGGUUGACCGUGGUCGCCACCCCGGCCGUGGUGCGGACGGGUGAAGCCAAAAAAAAAAAGAAAGCCGAGCAGUGCGACUCUCCCCUUUACUUUUUUCCUAGAAACUGGAGCGUGAGCAAAUAGGGUUGCUGCAAUGCUCCGGACACUAAGAGUUGUGUGCCAGUUUGCCGAGAAUGUCUAAUCACCCCGCAAGUUGUAGCUGCCUCGUCCAAAUGUUGCAUGGGAGACGUGUACGAGCAGUUUUCCAUUUGUUUGUGCACCAGUUUCCUACAACCAAGCAUUAUGUGUGCGUGAAUACAUUAUAUACAUAGCUUUUAUUGCCACGCUCGUAUUUUACAUCCCACGUACAAAAAGCAUUUUUUUGUGACACUCAUUUCAGUAAAGUGCAGCCCAAUGUUCUUAUACUGUGCUUUGGCAGACUACAGAGCUGUACAUAAAGUCUAGAUAUCGCAACAAUUCACACACGCAUCGCUUCGAUUGCACAUCAACACAGCUGAGUGCAAACACAAACAAACUGUGCAUCCACAGAGCAGAAAGCACCUAAUCAAAAUCUGGAAUAUCAUCGUACGUGUACCCUGGGUACUUCUUGUAAGCGUAAUAAGCAAUUCGGACAUGGUAGACCCCUGGAAUAAACAUCAAGGAUCCCAGAACAAGAAGUGGCCAUCUGCUGUCGUAGUACUGUAAAGAAACACACACAAGCGUCAGCAGCCUCAGUGUCGGAAUUUACAGUCGCAUGCGUGUGCCGUGUAUAGAAGCGCUAGUUCUGAACCAUGUAUGCAACACAAGUGCUAGUUUUACUCAAUAAACUUUGCACCUGCGAUGCUACCAUGUAUCCCAGGCGCCAAAA